GUGUGUAUAGAGGGUGGAGGUGAGCGUGUGUGAGUGUGUGUGUGUGUGUGUGAGCUACCAGACGCUGUGAAAGUCGCACUGCAGUGCGGUUUAAAGUCACCUGUCUGUCUGUCUUCCUUCCUUGCCUGUCUGUUGUUCCCCCGGUACCGAGUUGAGUCGAACUGCCGUUUUUUGUCCGGAAGACGUUCAGUAAAACGAGAACCGAACACCGGAGGGACCAUGCUGACUGUCCUGACUUCCAUGUAUCUGGUGGUGAGGGCGGUGUCCUGGGAGGCCGAACCAAUCCGUGUUGUGGUGACAGGCGCUGCUGGGCAGAUCGCCUACUCCCUGCUGUACAGCAUCGCAAAGGGAGAUGUGUUCGGGAAGGAGCAGCCCAUCACCCUGAUCCUGCUGGACAUCCCCCCCAUGCUGCCCGUGCUGGAGGGAGUCGUCAUGGAGCUGCAGGACUGCGCCCUCCCACUGCUGAGGGAGGUGAUCCCCACUGACAAGGUGGAGGUCGGCUUCAAGGACAUCGACGCCGCCAUCUUGGUUGGCUCCAUGCCGAGGAAGGAGGGGAUGGAGAGGAAGGACCUGCUGAAGGCCAACGUGGCCAUCUUCAAGACUCAGGGCUCCGCUCUGGACAAGUACGCCAAGAAGACCGUCAAGGUUUUGGUUGUUGGAAACCCAGCGAACACCAACUGUCUGAUCGCCUCCAAAUCUGCUCCGUCCAUCCCCAAAGAGAACUUCUCCUGCCUGACCCGCCUGGACCAUAACAGAGCCAGCUCCCAGGUA